AUGGUGCUACCUCUUUGUCUCGUUCCGACGUUAAAAGAAGGUUCCGGUUCCGCACUCGCCGGCUGUGUUGGAACGCUGGUUGCUGACACAAUCAGUGUUGCAGUCAUCGUGUAUGGCAUGCGUGGCCAUCCGAGUAUUCCAGACACGGAAGUCAGCUUCUCACAAGUUGCAAACACCUUUGGCAAUCUUGCACUCAGUUUCGGUGCCGGAGUUAUCAUUCCCGAUUUACAGCGUCAGCACAGCGAGCCGCAGCGCAUGCCUCGAGUCAUCACCGUUACGAUGGGAAUUAUCUCGAUCAUGAUGAUCUUGCUCGCUGUCGUGCCUUACACUUCAGCCGGCUGCCAGAUAUCGGGUAACAUCCUCUACACUAUCUACCCGGACCCAAGCACUCGUCUUACGUUGUUAGGUUUCAAGCCCAAUUGGGGAGCUGUUGUGCUCACGUACCUGGCCAUGCAGCUUCACAUCACAACGGCCUUUGCCGUCCUUCUCAAUCCAGCCUUUUACAUGGCCGAGUUUGUGGUCCUGGGCAUGCAUAAGCACGAUAAACCGAGUGACGUUGAAAAUGGAAUGCAAUAUCUCGAGUCUGCGAAUCCUACUGAAGAUUUUGUCAAGCAGACGGACUCAUCGACUACAAAAAUGAAAUGCAACUGCAACUGUCGUGAAGAGGAGGACCAAGAGGCUGCCGAGUAUCGCGGUGCUAAUGCAAUAAGAUACGUGGUGCUUCGUAUCUGCAUUACUUUGAUUCUCGUAAUAGUUUCAAUUCUGUUUCAAGAUCACUUUUCGGAUUUCGCUAAUUUUGUCGGAUCGUCUUCAUUGACAAUGAGCUGCAUACUGUUGCCAGUAGCUUUUUAUCUUAUCAAAGCGUGGAACGAUAUCUUUAUAGGGGAGAAGUUUGCUGCUUUAGUCGUUCUCGUAGUGUGCUUUGUCUUCGGAUGCUACUCGACGUACACGGCUGGCAAAAAUCUUUUUUUCCCCCCCGACUCGGAUGCCUUGUUCCCCUACUGUGAACCAGAAUAUCAAAACACAGUGUUCUACAAUUACACUGCUGUGCAUAAUGUUUGA